GUGGUAUACAUUUUUCACUUUACUUCUGCAAUAUUUUUCGAAUGUAGAAGCUUUCUCUACGUGGGUUUUCAAAUUUGUUUCGUAUACGUGUCGAUGUUAAUUUGUAACUAGUGUCCAGGUGAUUUCAAUAAUAAAUCAAGCAGCUGUGUUGAUUAGCAGAUGGAAAGCGAAGGAGGAACGAAGAAGAGAAGCAGAUUUUUCCUCAAGGAACCACUAAAGGUAGGCAGAAGGGCAGAAGUGCCUGGUUCUGUGGUGGAAGUGUUAGCGUGUCAUCAGCUCGAGGGAAUACGGUUCAUCCAUCGGGGUCUGAAACAGAACAAAGGGGUAAUCUUAAACGAUGAAUCAGGAUUGGGUAAGACACACCAGGUAGUCGGUUACUUAUCGGCUACGGUUGGCACAGCUGAUAAGGGUGCAAUCGUGUGCAGCAGUUUAGAGCGUAUACAUCACUGGUUGUAUCAUUUGGAGCUGCUCACUGAACUUACGACUGUGGUUCUCGAAGAUGUUGAUAGUGAUCACUUAUCAGGAAAUCAUCAGAUUAUUUUGGCCACGUUUGAAAGUUUUGAAAAGCAAUCUGAUUCGCUUCUAUCGAAGGAAAAGGAAAUCAAACUUUUAGUUAUUGACGAAACCAAAAAUGAGCACUGCGAAAUAUCAUUACUGACCCUGAUUUCGAAAUUUACCACCACUGCAAAGCUUUUCCUAACUACUCAAAACAUAUUGGACGAUUUGGUUCGUCUUUCCUUGAGGCUAAAACUCUGCCACCUGCAGUUCCAUGGAGAAACAUUAAAAGAAUUACUUGAAGGUGGCAACGCCAACAAGCCGCUGUCAAAGUCACGCAAGUUAAAGUUAUUCUUCUUGACCCGAAGCGUGCUGCUCAGAAGAUAUCGAUCUCAUCACAAAAACAUUCUUCCAUUGAUAGAGGAUAGUGAAUUUAGGUUCUGUUUUGCUGCAUGGAAGAUCGCCAACGGAAUGGAAGGUUGUCAGAGUCAAGUUCUGCUGGAAGAUUCCCAAAUUUUGGUGGAUCAAAGUAUUGUACCAGAAGUAAUAGAAAGUACCAGCGGACUGAUGUUCAACCCGGAAUUAGGUGAAAAUGAUACGGUUUGUGAUACCAGUUUGAAUAUGGCAAUAGUUGGCGAAGCGGAAAGUUCUGGAAUUGGGAGGGAUUUGUCGCAUGACACUGAUGACGGAAAUAAUCGUUCUGCUGCAACCGUUGCUUACAAGGGGAGCGAGCCUUUGUUUGACUGCGAGCAGAGCACGGAGGAAAUGCCUAAAUUAGUGUUGGAAAGCUCUGACUCGGAAACCAAAUCUCCUGUUGAUAAAGUUAGAAAGUCGCCUUUAGCAAAGGUGUCAGAAUCCGAAAUGACUCAAUCCAAAACACGUAACAUAGAAGUACCUGAAACCGAACGCUCAUCACCAGCCACAGAGCAUCAAACCGAUUCGGAAGGAUAUCUCGAAUUUGGUCAAGCGUUGGUCCAGCCCAGCUCCCAAUCGGAAAGCUCGUCGGAAACCUUAGUUCGUAAAUCAGCCACAGUUCUCGCGGAUGACAAAUACAACUUUCCAAUCGACCGAUUACUUCGAUGGAAAUCUCCUUCAUCGUCAUCAACGGAUCUCGAAGUUCUAUCCAAGGAAAGUGUCCUUCCUAACCAACCUAUUUUGGUAUCCAGUUCCAGCUCAAAUGGACGAGAAAAGUCUCCGGAUUUAUUCAGCGACACGGACGAAGAAGCUGACGAAACUGUCAAACUCGGUACUCAAGACGAUUCUCUUAUGAAUCUUCUGCUCAAAAGUCCAGUCAACUUGGAGACAACUUCCAAACCGGACGUCCCGAAACCGUUGCCAAAGUUUCUCCGAGCCAAAGUAAGCACACCCAUUUCUAAACUACUCCACGGCUCGCUACACGAAGAACCGGAUCUCUCGGUGGAACGCUCUUCCUCUAACGACAUAUUUGCCGAUCUAUCCGUUAAAAAUCGGGAUCCCAAUCGGACAGACGUGUUCGAAAUCACCGACAACAACGCCUUCGGUAAUCGUAUCCAGGUGCACGCCGAAAGUGACAGCAUGUCCCCGUUACGGGAUUCUGACGAUGUACAGUUUGUUAGUGUCCUGCGUGGGCCCGACAAUCAGAUUGAAAUCGUAGACCUGGACACGGAAGUGUGUACUCCGAAAAGUCAAAAUGGCGCCCCACCAAAUAGAGCUAAGAGAACACCCUCGUCAAAAGAAUCCCUGUUUUCCACACCGCGAGGAUGGCUUACGAAAGGCAAUCGUUCAUCUGACAGCGAGGCGUCUCCUAGGACACCAACUACAGGGCGGAAAUCUUCCUCUACGGAAAGGGCCAAGAGCACCGGUAGACGGUCUACCGGAAGCAGCAACGUCAAGCGUAAGAAACUGGAAAAUUGGUUCCGCGAUGAUGACGAUGAUGACUUCGAAGAUCGUCAACGGGUUUCGACGAGUGUGAAUCGGAGGAAAUCCGCUCCCAGCAGUAGUGCGGGGUGCGUUAAAAGGAUCUCGCCCAGGAAGAAGUGUUUUCAGGACCGGAUCUAUCAGAGGUAUAAUCAAAUAUUGGUGUCACCUAGCGGAGUUGAUAGCGAUUUCGAGUGAGUGUACCUAUUGCUUUUAUUUUUAAAAGAAAUGACAAAAUUUUAAUAUUCCUUUUUGUUGUGGAAAUGUACUGUUAUGUUGAGUAUUAUUUACUUAA